GUGUAUUUUCGAUGAUCUUUGGCCAACAAACAAGAUCAGUUAGUUUAGUUAUUUUUGGUAUCGCAUCAUUUGUUGAGACAGCUUCUUCAAUAUUAGUCUUAUGGCGUUUCACUGUUGAACUUCGACAAAAUGUUGUCAAAGUUUCCGUCUCUACUAUCUCCGCUGCUUCUAAUUCUUCAGUUUCUACUUCUUAUACAUCUCUCGAAAAUGAUCAAAAAUUAGUUGAAUAUGAGAGAAAAGGAACAUUAGGUAUUGGUGGUUUAUUCGUUAUAUUAGCUAUUGGGACAUUAUUACAUUCAGUCAUUACAUUAACGCAGAAAAACCAUCCUGAGAACACAACUGCGGGUUUAAUAAUUUCCAGUUUAUCAAUCUUACUCAUGUUAAUAGUGUAUACUUUUAAAAGAUAUUUGGCUAUAAAGUUAAAUUCUUCAACUAUGUUAUAUGAUUCUCAAUGUUCAUUGGCUUGUAUUAAGAUUACCGCUGUACUUUUUUGUAGUAGUUUGAUUUAUAUGAUUUGGGUAAAUUUGUGGUGGACUGAUUCUGCAGCAGCUUUAAUAUUUGGUAUUUUUUUCGCUAAAGAAGGUGUUGAUAUGAUCAAACGGACCAAUGAUGAAAAUUUUACUGGUGGAUAUAUUUGUUCUAUAGAUGUCGAUAGUGAAAGAAAAAGGGAUGAUAAUAUGAAUGAAGGGUGCGAACCUGGUAUUAAUAAGGAAGAAGGUAGACAUUUACGAGUUUCUAUAAAUGAUGAUGAACAGGUUGAAAAAUCCGCAAUUGUCGGUGCUUGGUGGAGAGAAAACGGUACAGAUAUUGAAUUAGAAACCAUGGUAGGAAAUAAUAUCAAAAAUGGAACGGAGAGUUCAUACCCUAUCGCUAUCGCAGCUCAUUAA